CGGCGGCGCGGUCGGAGGGGGCCGGCGCGCAGAGCCAGACGCCGCCGCUUGUUUUGGUUGGGGCUCUCGGCAACUCUCCGAGGAGGAGGAGGAGGGAGGGAGAAGUAACUGCAGCGGCAGUGCCUCCCGGGGAACAGGCGUCUUCCCCAAUCCUUCCCAAACCUCCCCCUCUGCCUCCCUCCCUAGUCCCCUCCCCUCCUCCCUUGCCGACUGGAGCGAGGGGCAGGGAUGAGCUUGUCCCUCUGGACCGUCUCCGGCUCCCGCGUCUGCCCAGUAGCGUUUCGCGUGGAAAAGCCACUUUCCCCGCCCGCCGAGAUGGGCUCGAAUGAGGGCUGCGGAGGACGCGUCCGCGGGCGGCGGCAGCAGCAGCAGCAGCAACAGCCGCAGCGCCGCGGUCUCUGCGAUUGAGCUGGUAUUUGGGCGGCUGGUGGCGGCGGGGACGGUUGGGGGGGUGGGAGGAGGCGAAGGAGGAGGCGAAGGAGGAGGAGGGAGAACCCCGUGCAACGUUGGGACUUGGCAGCCCGCCUCCCCCUGCCCAAGGAUAUUUAAUUUGCCUCGUGAAUCGCUACUUCCAGAGAGGAACUCAGGAGGGAAGGCGUGCGCGCCUGCAGGGGCACCACAGGGACACCACAGGGACCCGCUGGCCGCCGCUGCCUUCCUGCGCCGGACUUAAGCUGAGGCGGCUAGAGAUGCAUCUUAGCUCCUUCCUGGCUGCAGUGGUUGAGGGGACACUUGGCUUUCGGGAAGAUCGUGGCCGCAUUCACCCCGGACGCAUUGCCUCCCCUCUGGGCAUAAAACGCCCAUAAACUCCAGUCGGCUCUCUUCCUUGGCGCAGCCACUGCGUCCUUCUUUGCUACCCCUCCCCACUGCAGGGGGCAGCGUGGAUUUAGGAGUCGGGGUUUCUUCAGCCUUCAGCCUUGUUUGCAUGUGCGGGGCCGCGGUGAGGAGCCUCCGCCCCCCAACUAGUUGUUUUUUCGGCGCCUCCUUUUGCUCAGCGGCUGUGGCGGUGGCGGCAGCAUGGCGAGUCCUCCAGAUACCGAAGGUUUCUCGGACGUGCGCAAGGUGGGCUACCUGCGCAAGCCCAAGAGCAUGCACAAGCGCUUCUUCGUGCUGCGGGCGGCCAGCGAGGCCGGGGGCCCCGCGCGCUUGGAGUACUACGAGAACGAGAAGAAGUGGAGGCACAAGUCGAGCGCCCCCAAACGCUCGAUCCCCCUCGAGAGCUGCUUCAACAUCAACAAACGUGCUGACUCCAAGAACAAGCACCUGGUGGCUCUCUAUACCCGGGACGAGCACUUUGCCAUUGCUGCGGACAGUGAGGCUGAGCAAGACAGCUGGUACCAGGCUCUCCUGCAGCUGCACAACCGUGCCAAAAGCCACCACCACGAAGGGGCCUCAGCCCCUGGAGCAGGAGGCAGUGGUAGCUGCAGUGGCAGCUUGGGCCUCGGGGAGGCUGGAGAGGACUUGAGCUAUGGAGAUGGGCCCCCAGGACCUGCGUUUAAGGAGGUCUGGCAGGUGAUCUUGAAGCCCAAGGGCCUGGGUCAGACAAAGAACCUGAUUGGCAUCUACCGCCUCUGCCUGACCAGCAAGACCAUUAGCUUUGUGAAGCUGAACUCAGAGGCAGCGGCUGUGGUGCUACAGCUAAUGAACAUCAGACGCUGCGGCCACUCUGAAAACUUCUUUUUCAUUGAGGUGGGCCGUUCUGCUGUGACAGGGCCUGGGGAGUUCUGGAUGCAGGUGGAUGACUCGGUGGUGGCCCAGAACAUGCAUGAGACUAUCUUGGAGGCCAUGCGGGCCAUGAGUGAUGAGUUUCGCCCUCGAAGCAAGAGCCAGUCCUCAUCCAACUGCUCCAACCCCAUCAGUGUCCCCUUGCGCAGGCACCAUCUCAACAACCCCCCGCCCAGCCAGGUGGGGUUGACCCGCAGAUCACGCACUGAGAGCAUCACUGCCACCUCCCCUGCCAGUAUGGUAGGUGGGAAGCCAGGAUCCUUCCGUGUGCGCGCCUCCAGCGAUGGUGAAGGCACCAUGUCCCGCCCAGCCUCUGUGGAUGGCAGCCCUGUGAGUCCUAGCACCAACAGAACCCACGCCCACCGGCAUCGGGGCAGCUCCCGGCUGCAUCCGCCUCUCAACCACAGUCGCUCCAUCCCCAUGCCUUCUUCUCGCUGCUCGCCUUCGGCAACCAGCCCAGUUAGUCUAUCAUCCAGCAGCACCAGUGGCCAUGGUUCUACUUCGGACUGUCUCUUUCCAAGGCGGUCUAGUGCUUCCGUGUCUGGUUCCCCCAGUGAUGGCGGUUUCAUCUCUUCGGAUGAGUAUGGCUCUAGUCCCUGCGACUUCCGAAGUUCCUUCCGCAGUGUCACUCCGGAUUCCUUGGGCCACACCCCACCAGCCCGAGGCGAGGAGGAGCUGAGCAAUUAUAUAUGCAUGGGUGGAAAGGGGGCCUCCACUCUAACAGCUCCCAAUGGUCAUUACAUUUUGUCCCGAGGUGGUAAUGGCCACCGGUACAUCCCAGGAGCUGGCCUGGGCACCAGCCCAGCGUUGUUGACUGGGGAUGAAGCUGCCAGUGCUGCUGAUCUGGAUAAUAGGUUCCGGAAGAGAACUCACUCUGCAGGGACAUCCCCUACCAUUUCCCACCAGAAGACCCCAUCCCAGUCCUCAGUGGCUUCCAUUGAGGAGUAUACAGAGAUGAUGCCUGCCUAUCCACCAGGAGGUGGCAGUGGAGGCCGACUGCCUGGCUACAGGCACUCUGCCUUCGUGCCCACCCAUUCCUACCCUGAGGAGGGUCUAGAGAUGCAUGCCUUGGAGCACCGCAGCAGCCAUCAUCGCCCAGAUAGUUCUACCCUCCACACUGAUGAUGGGUACAUGCCCAUGUCCCCAGGGGUGGCCCCAGUGCCCAAUAGCCGGAAGGGCAGUGGGGAUUAUAUGCCCAUGAGCCCCAAGAGCGUGUCUGCCCCGCAGCAGAUCAUCAACCCCAUCAGACGUCAUCCCCAGAGAGUGGACCCCAAUGGCUACAUGAUGAUGUCCCCCAGUGGCAGCUGCUCCCCUGACAUUGGAGGUGGGUCCAGCAGCAGCAGCAGCAUCAGUGCCGCCCCUUCUGGCAGUAGCUAUGGGAAGCUAUGGACAAAUGGGGUUGGUGGGCACCACUCUCAUGCCCUGUCUCACCCCAAGCCCCCUGUGGAGAGUGGGGGUGGCAAGCUCUUGCCUUGUACAGGUGACUACAUGAACAUGUCACCAGUGGGGGACUCCAACACCAGCAGCCCCUCUGACUGCUACUAUGGCCCUGAGGAUCCCCAGCACAAGCCAGUCCUUUCCUACUAUUCAUUGCCAAGGUCUUUUAAGCACACCCAGCGCCCUGGGGAGCCAGAGGAGGGUGCCCGGCACCAGCAUCUCCGCCUCUCCUCUAGCUCUGGUCGCCUUCUCUACACUGCAACUGCAGAAGAUUCUUCUUCCUCCACCAGCAGCGACAGCCUGGGUGGGGGUUACUGUGGGGCUAGGCCAGAGCCUGGCCUCCCACAUCCCCACCAUCAUGUCUUGCAGCCCCAUUUGCCUCGAAAAGUGGACACAGCUGCUCAGACCAACAGCCGCCUGGCUCGGCCCACAAGGCUAUCUUUGGGGGAUCCCAAGGCCAGCACCUUGCCUCGGGCUCGAGAACAGCAACAGCAGCAGCCCCUACUGCACCCUCCGGAGCCCAAAAGCCCAGGGGAAUAUGUGAAUAUUGAAUUUGGGAAUGACCAGCCUGGCUACUUAUCUGGCCCUAUGACUUCCCGCAGCUCACCUUCUGUUCGGUGUCCAUCCCAGAUCCAGCCAGCUCCCAGAGAGGACGAGACUGGCACUGAGGAGUACAUGAACAUGGACUUGGGGCCCGGCCGGAGGGCAACCUGGCAGGAGAGCAGUGGUGGGGAGAUGGGCAGAGUGGGCCCUGCACCUCCAGGGACUACUAGCAUUUGCAGGCCUACCCGGGCAGUGCCCAGCAGCCGGGGUGACUACAUGACCAUGCAGAUGGGUUGUCCCCGUCAGAGCUACGUGGACACCUCACCAGUUGCCCCUGUCAGCUACGCUGACAUGCGGACAGGCAUUGCUGCAGAGGAGGUGAAACUGCCCAGGGCCUCAGCGGCUGCUCCUCCUUCAGCCUCCACAGCCUCUUCUUCCCCUGCUGCACCUCAAGGAGCAGCUGAGCUUCCUGCCCACUCUUCCCUUUUGGGGGGCCCACAGGGACCUGGGGGCAUUAGCGCCUUCACCCGGGUAAGCCUCAGUCCCAACCGCAACCAGAGUGCCAAAGUGAUCCGUGCAGAUCCACAAGGGUGCCGGAGGAGGCAUAGCUCAGAGACCUUUUCCUCAACACCUACUGCUUCCAGGGGGGCCAACACGGUGCCCUUUGGAGGAGGGGCUACAGUAGGGGGCAGUGGCAGUGGUGGCAGCAACAGCAGUGAGGAUGUCAAACGCCACAGCUCUGCUUCCUUUGAGAAUGUCUGGCUGAGACCUGGGGAGCUUGGCGGAGCCCCCAAGGAGGUGGCCCAAGGGUGUGGAGCUGCUGGGGGUUUGGAGAAUGGUCUUAACUACAUAGACCUGGAUUUGGUCAAGGACUUCAAACAGCGCCCUCAGGAGCGCCCCCCUCAACCGCAGCCUCCCCCACCUCCACCCCCCCAUCAGCCCCUGGGCAGUAGUGAGAGCAGCUCCACCAGCCGCUCCAGCGAGGAUUUAAGCACCUAUGCCAGCAUCAGUUUCCAGAAGCAGCCAGAGAACCGCCAGUAGCUCAACUGGACGUCACAGCAGAAUGAAGACCUAAACAACCUCAGCAAAUCUUCCUCUAACUCAUGGGUACCCAGACUCUAACUCUUUCAUGAUUCACAAUCAGGACCUCACAUCUUCCGCCUCUGUAGAUGGUACGAUGCAUCCAUUUCAGUUUGUUUACUUUAUACAAUCCUCAGGAGUUCGUUGACUGAACUGCACGUUCUAUAUUGUGCCAAGCAAAAAAGCACUGUGACACCAGAAGAAUAGUCUGCGUGAACUUCAUCUUGAACCUUAAGGACUUAGCUGGCCACAAUGAGCUGAUGUGCCCACUACCAGGCUGCGAGAGAAUGGGUUUCCUCUCAUUUACAAGAUUUGUUUCAUCUGCUGCUGAAACUGUGUUUGACAAAAUGUCAUUGUAAAUUAUUUCAUUCAAAACUGUUCACAUUGGGUGGAGAGAGUAUUAAAUAUUUAACAUAGGUUUUGAUUUAUAUGUGUAAUUUUUUUAAUGAAAAUGUAACUUUUCUUACAGCACAUCUUUUUUUUUGGAUGUGGAACUGAGGUAUACAAUGUUCUGUUGUAAAGAGUGGAGCAAAUGCUUAAAACAAGGCUAACAAGAGUAGAAUAGUGUAUGAUCCUUGUUUUAAGAUUGUAAUUCAGAAAAAUAAUAUAAUAAGAAUCAUAGUGCCAUAGAUGAUUCUCAAUUGUAUAGUUAUAUUUGCUGAUACUAUCUCUUGUAAUAUAAACUUGAUGUUGAGCUGAGUUCCUUAAAAGAAUUAAUCUUAAUUUUGUAUUUUUCCUGUAAGACAGUAGACCAUGUUAAUUAAACUGAAGAACAAUAUAUACUACUUGGGUAUUUUCAAGUGUCAGCUUAAAAUUUAUGAUUGAAUGGAAGCAAAAUUAUAAGAAAAGGAAAUCAAAGUCUUCCAUUGUAUAUAUUGUAAAGAGAAGGAGACCUGGGUGAUCCUUUCAAAUCAAAAGCUCUCUUUGGAAUGAACAAUGUGGGUGUUUGUAAAUUCUGGAAAUGUCUUUCUAUUCAUAAUAAACUAGAAUCUGUUAAUCUUUUCUUCUCUCCCCCUCCCCCAGUCCACUUCUGGAAGCUUCCUGCUCCAUUCCCACCAUUUUUUUUUCCUGUGCACAUGUUAUAAUAUUUCAUUUCUUGCGUUGUAUUGAGUAUACUUAGACAAGUGAGUGCUUGCUAACCAGAAAUUAAAAUUCCAGAGUGGCUUUUUUUUUUUUUGAA